CUGAGGCGGCGCGCUUUUUGCUUCUUCCGCCGUCUCCCCUCACGGUGCUCCCGGAGCGGUUUUGAGGCCUAGCUUCUGCCAGGCCGCCUCUUUUCGUCUUCCGAUGGAUCCCGCCGAAGCCGAGUUCCUGGCCGAGCAGGAGCUGGUCACCAUCAUACCCAACUUCAGCAUGGACCGGAUUUACCUCAUUGGGGGGGACUUGGGACCCUUUAAUCCUGGGCUGCCUGUGGAUGUGCCUCUCUGGCUGGCUAUCAACCUAAAGCAAAGACAGAAGUGUCGACUUAUACCUCCAGAAUGGAUGGAUGUAGAAAAACUGGAGCAAAUUCGGGAUCAGGAGCGCAAGGAAGAUACUUUCACUCCAAUGCCUAGCCCAUUCUACAUGGAAUUAACAAAGUUGUUGCUGAACUAUGCUGUGGACAAUAUUCCAAAGGCAGAUGAGAUCCGAACAUUGGUUAAGGAUAUCUGGGACACUCGAAUUUCAAAACUUCGGUUGUCUGCUGAUAGCUUUGUUAGACAGCAGGAAGCUCAUGCCAGGCUGGAUAAUCUGACUCUAAUGGAGAUCAACACUACUGGGGCUUUCCUUACUCAAGCUUUAGAUCAUAUGUACAAGCUCCGUACAAAUCUCCAGCCUGGAGAAAGUGCCCCAUCUCAGGACUUUUGACAACCAAAAUCUUCCAUGAAAUGCAUUCUGACAUUCUGCUUCUCAGCAGUUUUUCCUGAGCUUUAGGCAGCUGCCUCUGUGAAAAAUUGGUCUUCAGUACUCCUAUAAGAUUGUAUUGAAGAUGA